AUGUUGUCUCGUAUCUUCAAAGGAUCAACUGAUGCUCGCUUCUUUGAAUCGUUUAUUGAGCAACUUCUCCAGCAUUGGGGAAGAUGGCCGGAACCCAAAUCCGUGCUUGUUAUGGAUAAUGCCUCAUUCUACCAUUCAGAUCGGAUCAAACAGUUAUGCUCUGACGCGGGGGUCAAAUUAUUGUACCUGCUGCCUUAUUCGCCGGAUUUCGACCCCAUCGAAGAAUUCUUUGUCGAGCUAAAAGCGUACGUUAAGAAGACUUGGUCGACGUAUGAAGAGAAUCCUGACCAGAGCUUUCAUGUUUUCCUCCGCCGGUGUGUGCAUGACGUUGGUGCGAAGCAGCAGAGUGCUGAGGGACAUUUUCGACAUGCUGGUAUAACCGUCGAAAAGGCAUGA